ACGCUCCAGCACAAAUCUCUGAUUUCCUCCGCUUUCUCUGCAGCAUGGCAUCUGAAAUAGCAUUGCUGAGCGUUUCGGAUAAGACUGGACUGGUGGAGUUCGCCAGGCGUCUGGUGUCAGUGGGUCUGUCAUUAGUGGCAUCAGGAGGAACCGCCAAAACACUCAGAGAUGCUGGACUUGCAGUCAGGGAUGUAUCCGAGAUCACUGGAUUCCCUGAGAUGCUCGGAGGCAGAGUUAAAACCCUUCAUCCAGCUGUCCACGGUGGUAUUUUGGCCAGACAAACUCCAUCUGAUAAUGCUGAUAUGGAAAAACUUGGGUUUAGUCUUGUCAGAGUGGCCGUGUGCAACCUUUACCCGUUUGUGAAGACCGUUUCAUCCCCUGGUGUGACUGUGGAAGACGCUGUUGAGCAGAUUGACAUCGGUGGUGUUACGCUUCUUCGAGCGGCAGCUAAGAAUCACGCUAGAGUCACCGUCGUCUGCGAUCCAUCCGACUACAAUGUUGUGGCCAAGGAAAUGGAGACCUCUGAAAUCCACGACACCACAAUGGAAACCCGCAAAACUCUCGCGCUCAAGGCCUUCACGCACACCGCUCAGUACGACGAGGCCAUCUCUGAUUACUUCAGACGUGAAUACAGUCGAGGAGUUUCCCAGCUUCCUCUGCGUUACGGGAUGAACCCACAUCAAGCACCAGCUCAGCUCUACACUACACGACCAGCACUUCCGCUCACAGUGCUGAAUGGAUCUCCUGGCUUCAUUAAUCUGUGUGAUGCUCUGAACGCCUGGCAGCUGGUCAGAGAGUUGAGGAAGGCUCUCGGUUUGCCAGCCGCCACUUCAUUUAAACACGUCAGUCCUGCAGGAGCUGCUGUCGGCGUCCCGUUGAGUGAAGACGAGGCCAAAGUGUGUAUGGUGAAUGACAUGCUGCAGGAUCUCACUCCUCUCGCCACUGCGUACGCCAGAGCCAGAGGAUCUGACAGAAUGUCCUCUUUUGGAGACUUCAUCGCUUUGUCUGAUGUCUGUGAUGUUCCCACUGCCAAGAUCAUCUCCAGAGAGGUGUCUGAUGGUAUUGUUGCUCCUGGUUAUGAAGAGGAUGCGCUGCGAAUUCUGUCCAAAAAGAAGAAUGGAAACUAUUGUGUUCUUAAGAUGGAUCCUGAAUAUGAACCUGAUGAGGAAGAGGUGAGGGUGCUGUUUGGUUUACAUCUCAAACAGAAGAGGAAUGGAGCAGUCAUUGAUAAAGAGCUCUUCAGCAACAUUGUGUCAAAGGGAAAGCUCUCUGAGAGUGCUCUGCGAGACCUCAUCGUUGCCUCCAUCGCUGUAAAGUACACCCAGUCUAACUCUGUGUGUUAUGCUAAGGAUGGGCAGGUGAUUGGCAUCGGAGCUGGGCAGCAGUCUCGUAUCCACUGCACCCGGCUGGCAGGAGACAAGGCUGAUAACUGGUGGCUCAGGCACCAUCCAGGAGUGCUCAGUAUGAGGUUCCGCGGCGGAGUGAAGCGUGCAGAGAUGGCUAAUGCUAUUGAUCUGUAUGUCAGCGGCACAGUUGGAGAGGGACCAGAUAAAGAGGUCUGGAAGGGUCUUUUUGAGGAGGUUCCUGAGCCUCUGUCAGAGGUGGAGAAGAAGAAUUGGAUCAGUUCUCUGCAGGCUGUGGCCCUCAGCUCUGAUGCUUUCUUCCCCUUUAGGGACAAUGUUGACCGUGCCAAACAGAGCGGUGUGGAGUAUAUCGCUGCUCCGUCUGGCUCUACUGCUGAUGAAGUGGUUGUCAAGGCCUGCAAUGAGCUGGGAAUUACCCUGGUACACACCAACAUUCGUCUCUUCCAUCACUGAAAAUCACUACAAAACUUCAGCUGAAUUCAGAUAUGCUACCACAAGUAUACAGCUACUUCAGGCGUCUUUCUCUAGAUGUGCAUGCCCGCAGUGAGCUAGGAAUUACCCUGCUAAACACCAACAUCCGUCCCUUUCAUCAGU